AUGGAGAUCAUGAGGAACUCUCAGUGUCUCCACCUGUUCCUUGUUCCCAUUGUGUUUUCCCUACUUUCACUCCUCCUCCACCCUGCCUCUGCCAGCUCAGGGUCUGACUAUGACUACGGAGCCCACCCACGCUUUGUUUGCACCCCUAUUCCUGUGGACGUUGACCCUUCCUGCUUCCCUACAGCAGGGCCAGGCGUAGGAGGAGCAGGGCCCAGUGGAGCAGGCCAUCAAAGUGCACCUCCUGCUGGCUGGUGGGGGGCGAGUGAGGAGGCCAAAGUCACCAUCCUGCACCUCAGGGAGAGCCUUGUCCAACAGAAAGAGACCAUCCUGGACCAGCGGGAGACCAUUAGAGAGCUUACAGCCAAGCUCACCCUGUGCGAGGGCUUGGGUCGGGGCAUGACGCCUCACGACGAGCACCACGGCACAGCCUCGUACUCCCAUCACACAGGAGUGGCCAGUCAUCACCCGUACACUGACAGUGGGCACCAUGACAACCAGCAGGGUCACCAUGGAAACAGCAACCUCAUACCAGACUCACCACACCACCCCUCUGUGGGGGGGCAACGAUCGGAUGGAGGUCACAGCAGCAACAACCAGGGGAAGGAUAAACAUGUGACACCAGGGGACAUCACAUCAUCACCAGAGCAGAUGGAGAGGAUGCUGCAGGCGCUGAAGGAGAGGCUGGACAACCUGCAGCAGAAGAGGAACACAUCCAUCACCUACUCCAGCUCUCUGAAGGAGCUGCUGCAGAGGAAGAUCAGCGCCCUGGAGCAGCAGCUGCACCAUCGCACUUCCAGCCUCAACAGCCCUGAGCAUCACGAUGACGACAGCAGUCACAGAGAUGAUGGAGACCAUCAUGAUGACUACAGUCACAUUGACAGACACCCAAAUGACCACAAGGAUGACCACAACGACGGUCACGACGACAGCGGGAACCACACCGAUCACCAUGACGACAGCCACAAUGAUGACCAUCAUGAUGCAAACGGUAACCAUGACGACCACCACGCUGAUGAUGAUGAUGAUGACGAGGAGGAGGAGGAUGAUGAUCAUCACAGUAAUGAAGCAGACAGCCACAGUUACCUUCCACACACAGGAUACAGAACACCAGGCCCCCGAGCUGGUUUCCACUCAAAUAAACUGGAAACGAUGCUCAACCAGCUGCACCUCGCAGGUUCCAGCAGGAAGAAAUCAAAGAGCCCUGAUGCCUUUCAGAUCAGCUUCCCCAUGAGAACCAACUACAUGUAUGGGCGGGUGAAGAGGACUCUGCUGCAGGAGAUCUUCGCUCUGACUUUGUGUCUUUGGAUGAAAGCGGGCGUGGGACCCGGCCUGGGGACGCCCUUCUCUUACUCCGCCCCUGGACAGGCCAAUGAACUGGUGCUCAUUGAGUGGGGGAACAAUCCCAUAGAGCUGCUGGUCGAUGACAAGGCGGUGACAUUGCCCUUGUCUCUGAGUGAUGGAAAGUGGCACCAUGUGUGCGUGACCUGGUCAACACGGGACGGACAGUGGGAGGCCUACCAGGAUGGAGUGCAGAGAGGAUCUGGGAUUAACCUCUCUCCCUGGCACCCCAUCAAACCUGGAGGAGUCUUCAUCCUGGGACAGGAGCAGGACACUCUCGGAGGCCGGUUUGAUGCCACUCAGUCAUUUGUGGGUGAGAUGUCGGACCUCCACAUGUGGUCGCACGUCCUGAGCGCCAGUGACAUCUACAGCCUGGCCUCCUGCGGCAGCCACCUUAGAGGAGAUGUCAUUGCGUGGUCUGAUACAGAGCUGGAGCUUCAUGGAGGCGUUGCCAGAUACUCCUUUGACCCCUGCCACUGA